CACUGGAGUGCGUGGGUGUUGGGCAUUUACCGUUUGUUUCUCUUAAAAAGGACGCGCUACAUUUUCAUGAAUUUCUCGCUGGAAAAAAAUUCAAAUUAAUUUAAUAAGUUCGGCUUCCAUGUAAAGCAAUGAUGACUCGCAAUAUGCUGAAAGGAAAAAGGUCACCGUCGCCACUUCAUAAGCAGCACUCUAUAUUAAAGGAACGAAAGAAGAAAGUCGGUAAAGUAAAGUCAAAAGGCAGCCAGGACCAUACAGAUUCGGAGACUAUUCUUGGGAAUGCAACUGCAGGUCUUGAGGAACCGUCCCGGUCGCCUGCAGAGGGUUACAUUGAGGCGCCACUACCAUUUGAGACAGCAAAGAAGCGAGACGUAGUUCCUCCAAGGUCUACUAAUGAAGCAUCUUCGGCUAAGUCUCCAAAUCAACGAGAUGGAUCUCCGUCCAUAUUUGAAUCCCAAGGAGCAUCGAAAGCAAAUCGCUCCAAUUACUCUAACCCAAACAAAGUAUCUAAAAAACUCAACAAAUUUAAAGAUCCUAAAAAGUUAAAAGGACCACCAGCAAGUCCCCAACCUCGGGAAUUAUCCGAUAAGAUUAAGAAAAAGUCAAAACAUGAAAGAAACCAAAAGAUUCCAGAAUUUGUAGGAAAAGAAAACACUUAUUUAAACGCCAAUCUAAUCAAGAAGAGAUUAGGAAGUCCACCGCCCUCUAACUUCUUUGAAAAAGAAAAAUCGGACGAGAUUCUGACAAGAGAAGAAACGCCUCUAAAAGACAGACCAGGAACUCCACCGCCAAUUGGGUUUUUUAAAAUGGGCAGAAAAAAUAAACAAGAGAAAUCAGGGUCACAAAUAUCAAAAGAACUUAAGAAGCUACCGGAAACAGCUGUACAUCCUGGCCCAAUUUUUCCAAAAGAGGCAAAUAUAUCAACUUCAGCAAAGAUUAAAAAAGCAAAGUUUCUGCCUCUAAGCUCUAAUAGCCAAAUAAAUACAAAACUCCCUUCUCGAAAACUUCCAGAAACUAUGAAGGAGCCCAAAAAACCCACAAAGAGAUCAGGAUCUCCACUUCCAUCAUGGGAUGUGCCCAAAAAGCGUUUAAAAAAUAUUGAAAGAGAGUUUGUAAUGCCCCUCGAAGAAAAGAACGAAAUACAGAGAAGCCGUCGCCCAGACUUGCUGUGCCUUCCAGACAAACUCUCAGCAAGCAUUAAAAAGUUUCUUAAAUCCUUUGUAACAGUUCAUAACGCCUCUGUCGCUGACAUUAAGAGAUUUGGCAAGAAAGUGGCCCACAAUGCUCAAAAGGAAACAAUAGUCUCGUUGCAUAAAAACUUGCAAAUAGAUGAGCUGACAAAACAGCUAAACUCUAUGUACAGCGAAUCUGAGGAAUAUAAAAAGGAUCUGGCCAAGUUGCAAAGGGAUUACGAAGAACUGCAGACAAAUUUUAGCAAAGCUAACCAACAGCUUCUCGACGAAGAAAAUCACUUCCAUGAUCAGUUUAACAAGUUAAAAAAUCGUUUUGAGCAGCUUACUACCGAUAUUAGCUCUAAGAAUGCUUUACACGAACGGGAGAUGAAAAACAUGAAAGAGGCAAAUCGCAAACUCACAAGUUCACUAAAUAAUGAUAAGAAAACUUAUGAGGCGAAACUAUCCGAAAAUCAAGAGAGAAUAAAACAACUUCUGAAUCAAAACGACACCAUAUCUGCGGAGCUCAAAAGUUCUGCAUUAGAGAUGCAAAAUGUAAUGCUCCAGAAAGAGAACUUGGAGAAGGAAAUAAGGGAAAUAAAGGCCGAACUUGAUGCCAAUGAUAGAACUUGUGCUGAGCUGAACAUUUGCUUGGCAAGACUUGGUGACGAACACAAUGAAGCUUUAGAGAAGCUUCACGUUGAGUUAAACAGUCACAAGUUACAUUAUGUAGAGUUAGAAAUGAUGGUUGAUGAAAGAAACAAGCAGAUGGAGCAAGUCCACAACGAAAUUAAUUGUUUAAAAACAGAAGCUGUAGAAAAAGAUAGGGCCCAAAUGUCGCUACAAGUCUAUAUUAAUCAGCUCGAGGUGCAGAGGGAGGAGCUAAUCAAGAGCAAUGAGAACGUGUCCCAGCAAUUAGAAGAAUCUAAAUUGAAAGCCGUGAAGGAGAUAAAAACUAUCAAAGAAACAAAUGAGAAAAUUAUUACGGAGCUGCGAUCUGAAGUGGAUAGGCACAAAAAGGCUGCUGCAGAUGUACUCGAGGCUAAAGAAAAAGUCGAAAAGGAGGGACUACUCCAGAUUUCUCAAAUUCAAAGCCAUCUGGACAAACUAGAAGUCGAGUGCAAUGAACUAAGGGACAUUAAGAAGUCACUGGAGAAGGAAAUUGAAAUAAAAACCAAAAACUGGCAAGACGAGGAAGCUUUACAGCAACAAAAGUUUACAGAACUUCAAGAUCAAUACCAAAUUAAAGUAACUGAGUUGGAUGCAGAACGACAACGUAUCCAAGAGCUAAGUGUGUCUCUAAAAGGAGUCGUUGAACAAAAGGAUACAUUAAUCAAUGAUACCCUCAAAAAAUUACGAAGUGUAAUCACUGAGAAAAAAGCCCUGACAAAAGAAAUAAAUACUUUAAAUGCCGAAAAGCAGCAGAUCAGUGAUAACUUUUCUGCCGCCGAGAAAAGAUUCACAGACGAAUUAAAAUUGAAAGAUCAAAACCUUGAGGGUAUUAAGAAGUCUCUGGAGAAUGAAAUUGAACUCAAAGCUAAAAACUGGCAAGAGCAGGAAAUUUGUCUGCAAAAACAGUUUACUGAGCUUCAUGAUCAGUACCAAAACAAAGUAACUGAGUUUGAAAGAGAAAUUCGUCUUAAUAUAUCCCUGAAAGAAGUUGUUGAAAAAAAAGAUAAAGUAAUCAAUGAUAAUUUGGAAAAAUUACAAGUCCUGAUCUCUAAAAAUGAAGUUCUAACAAAAGAUAUAAAAAUUAUAAGUGCCGACAAGCAGAAAGUCAUUAAUGACUUCUCUGCAGCAGAGAAAAGAUUCGCAAAGGAAUUACAGUCGCAAGAAAACAAAUUUAAGAACAAAAUUGCUGAAUUGGAGACAGGGUUUGAACAGAAAAUCGCCGAAUGGCAUAAAAGAGAACAGGACAAAGAUUCUGUUAUAGCGGAGCUUACAUUUAAAAUUAAUCGAAUUGGGAGCGUAUGCGAUCAAUCGGUUGGAAAAGCGUCGAUUCUCAAACCAGUACUGAAACCAGUACAUGUUCUUCAAUUACCUCAACAAAUAAAACCUACUCAAAAGCCUCCAGGAGUGAAAAAUGAAGCUAUUGUUCGUCCGAGCACUACCAAAAGGCAACCUAUUCGCCGCAAAGUUAUUAUCGAACAACAUCUUUCCGACUUCGAAAGCGAAAAUGAGGAACCUACUACUUCAACAAAUAGUAAGACAGUCGCCUUCAAACGUCCACGUGUAGCUGCUAACGUUAACUUGGUAGAAGAGGACCUAUUCGAUAGUUUAAAGCGAGCUAACUAACUGAAGAAUCGGGAAAUUAAAACUUUCUGUAGUUUAUCUUAAAGAUAAACGAAUUGAGAAAGUUUAUUUCAACUCAAUUUCUUUGAAAACUUGCCCUAUGUUGGCAAAUUGUUCUUAAGACAAGUUCACAACAUUUUCACAUACUUACUUAAUCUACUAAGUUUCAUAAAUAUAAAAAAUAUUUGUAUGUUUAAGUUAAAAAAAAAAUAC